AACGCAACCAAAAUAUAUCUCUUCUCAUCUCUUGAAAAAAAAAGCCAACAGAGAAAAAAAAAUACCUUGAAAAUAAAGGUAAUGAUUAAUCCAUCAGGCACAAAAAAGACUGUUUUCAGGAUUUCAGGUUCUAAUACGCCAUUUCAAAUAAACAGCAGCAAACAGGGAAUGACAAUUUCACCAGAAGAGGAUUAAGCCACAGGCUCUAAUUGGGACUGGAUUUGUACAGCCAUAUUAUCUAAUCAGGCAUCUCCAGGAAUCUGUGAGCAGUUGUUAAAACUUCCAUGUGCCAGUGAAAUAGGGACCAGAAGAAGCAGGUAUUGGUGAAAAGAGUGGUCCUUGUAGAGGCCCCAAGAUGCAGCCUGGGAUGGAACAAAAGAAAAAAGGCUUGAAGCAGAGACUGGUCUUGAAGAGCACCUUAGCUAAAGAAAUGCUCUCCGAGUUCUUGGGCACAUUUAUAAUGAUUGUCCUUGGAUGUGGCUGUGUUGCCCAAGCUGUCCUCAGUCGAGAACGUCAUGGAGGAAUCAUCACUAUCAAUAUUGGAUUUUCAUUGGCAAUAGUAAUGGCCAUUUAUGUUGCUGGAGGUGUCUCUGGUGGCCACAUCAACCCAGCUGUGACUUUUGCAAUGUGUCUUUUUGGACGGAUGAAGUGGUUCAAAUUCCCCUUUUAUGUGGGGGCCCAGCUCUUGGGAGCCUUUGUAGGGGCUGCAACCCUCUUUGGUAUUUAUUAUGAUGCAUUUCUGUCUUUUGCUGGUGGAAAACUGCUCGUCGUGGGAGAAAACGCAACAGCACACAUUUUCGCAACAUACCCAGCUCCGUAUCUGUCUCUGGUGAAUGCACUUGCAGAUCAAGUAGUGGCCACCAUGUUCCUCCUCAUUGUCAUCUUUGCCAUUUUUGACUCAAGAAACUUGGGAGUCCCCAAAGGCCUACAGCCCAUUGUCAUUGGCUUCCUGAUUGUUGUCAUUUCUUCCUCUCUGGGAAUGAACAGUGGCUGUGCCAUGAACCCAGCUCGAGACCUGAGUCCCAGACUUUUCACUGCCUUGGCAGGUUGGGGGUUUGAGGUCUUCACAGCUGGAAAUAACUUCUGGUGGAUUCCUGUAGUGGGCCCUUUUGCUGGUGCUAUCGCUGGAGGCCUCAUCUAUGUUCUUGUCAUUGAAAUCCACCACCCGGAUCCUAACCCAGACUGCGAGGAAGAACAGCCAGAGGACAAACGAGAGAAACAUGAACUUAAUGUGCUAAUGUAAUAGCACGCUCAGCUCCGGGUUUACA